AAGGAGAGCCUGCUCUAUAUUAAGAAAACCCUAUUUGCUAGACUUAUUAAGGAGCUCGUUAUAGAUCAGGCUUAUAUACCUCUUCGCAUUCAAGCAAGCGCUCUUGGCGUUCUUCAAGAAUAUGCUGAGUCUCUCUUAGUAAGAAUCUUUACCUCGGCCAACCUUUUGGCUAUCUACGCUAAGCGCGUUAUACUCUAA